AUGCCUGAGAAUUCAGACAAGAAGUCAUUAGAAGGGGAAAAUACCCAAGUGAUUUUUGUUAAGCGACCAGAGAGUGGACCUAUCAACCCUGAUGAGGUAUUUAAAAUCGUCAAAACGCCCAUUCCUAAGGAAGAAGAUAUCCCGCAUGAGCAUGUUCUAGUAAAAGUGCUUUAUUUAUCAUUGGAUCCUGAAUCCUUUAAUCUUCGAAAGCAAUGCGUGGUUGGAUGGAGGACAAAAGAAGGUAUCAACAGAUCCAAUAUGUAUAUAGUUGGAAUUUACGCCAAAUAUUCUCAAUUUAAUGGUCAAUUUGUAUUCGAAAUCAUCCAGUUAUAUAAAGCCAACUUGAAUGAAGUUAUGCGUGGGGCCACUGUUGCUGAAGUCAUCAUCUCCAAGAAUCCAAACUUUCAACCGGGGGAUAAAGUGCAGGGGUUUCACGGAUGGCAGGCCUAUGCUGUUGCAAAUGGGAAAGAUCUUAUUAAACUAAAUCCGCCUCCCGGAGCGUCUCUCAGUGACUACCUCGGACUCUUUGGUAUAACGGGGUUGACCGCAUACUUUGGAUUAUUGGAUAUCGGUAAACCUGUUGCCGGCGAAACUGUCGUCGUAUCUGGGGCCGCAGGGGCAACGGGCAGUGUAGUCGGUCAAAUAGCAAAAAUUAAGGGAUGUCGUGUAAUAGGAACAGCCGGCACACAAGAAAAGUGCGAGUUUCUCGAAAAAGAGUUGGGCUUUGAUGUAGCAUUAAAUUAUCGUGAUCCCGACUUUGCUCAAAAACUGAAAGCAGCUACCCCAAACUACAUAAACGUCUUUUUUGACAAUGUCGGAGGCGAUAUUCUGGACCUUUGUUUGACCCGCAUAGCCACUAAGGCACGCAUUGUACUGUGCGGUGCCAUCAGCCAGUAUAACGAAAAGAAUCGAAAAGGACCGGCGUUUUACACUGCAUUAAUCAUUAACCGGGCCAAGAUGGAAGGUUUUAUCGUAAUGGACUACCAAGAUAGAUGGUCCGAAGCACGUCAUGAUCUGAUUGAAUGGUUUAAAGAAGGAAAGCUCAAGGGACGGGAACACGUUAUUAAGGGUUUGGAGAAUGCGCCGGAUGGAUUGUUGCAGUUGUUUGCUGGUAAAAAUACAGGAAAGAUGGUUGUUAAAGUCGCCGAGCCAAGCGUAAUGAGCAGCCUGUGA